AUGAAAUUGGCUUUUUUGUGGGUGUUCUUCCUCUACUGUUCAUCCUUGACGAAUGCUUCUGAUGUUGAAAAUUAUUCGUUCCAUGGUAAAGACAAGCAGUCGUUUUACGCAUGUGGGUAUGCCAUGAGACUGAUCGGAACCUUUUGCAAAGCUUCUGUCAAGGGAUAUAAAUGCUAUUGCACCAAUGAUAACGCUAUGCUGACAUUCACAGGAUGUCUUGCAACCACGGGAAGAAACACCAACGACGUUUACAAAUUCUAUAUGUAUUACUGCGAGGAAUACUAUGAAGUCAAGUUGGAACAUUUCCAGUUGGUAGCUGCUUAUGAUAGAUAUUUGAAGGAUGCCAAGAACAGUUCUCAGAUCCCUGGUUUCAACGUUUCGCAGCCAGUUGAUGUACCCUUGAUAGUCGCCAAUGUGACGUACAUUAAGCUUUUGGACGAUGCAUAUAAGGUAUUCUAUAACAAUUUUGACAUUGCCUUUUGGGCUGGAAUGGGAGGAAUGGGCUAUUGGGCCCUAGUGGCUCUUAUUGCCAUGGUGUGCAACUGGGGAGUCGUAGUUUUCCCUGAGAGCCGAAAUGUGUUGAAUGGAACAUUCAGCAAACUUUUCCGCAAGUAUAUCACUCUUCCUGCUUUGGGAAGAAGGAAGAGAAACGUUCAACAGAAUGGAUUCAAUUUAUUUGAUUGCUUGGUUCCCACCAGAAUGGAAUCGCUUAUCAUUUUGGGCUUCUUUGUGUACUUGUUGACCUUGUGUGCUAUUGAGAUCUACCAUGUUCCUAAUGAUCCAAUUUUUCCAAAUCUGCAAAUGGCACUUACGAGAUACAUUGCCGAUAGAACGGGCAUCCUAAGCACCAUUCUCACACCUAUGCUACUUCUCUUUGGAGGCAGAAACAACUUUUUGCAGUGGGUCACCAGAUGGAAGUUCUCAACCAUGAUCGUCUAUCAUCGUUGGAUUGCACGCAUGAUUGUGGCAUUGGCUUUUAUUCAUUCUGUUGGAUAUACAUACAUCUACGCAUACCGAGGUUACUAUGCUGAAGAGAUGAAGGAGACCUGGUUGAUCUGGGGAGUUGUUGCAACCACUUGUGGAGGAGUCAUAUGUUUCCAAGGAUUGCUCUUUUUGAGAAGAAGAGCAUAUGAAACUUUUUUGGUACUUCAUAUUUUACUUGCAUUGUUCUGGGUCAUUGGAGUCUGGUUCCAUGUGAGCAUUAUGGGAUACUCUCAGUUUAUGUAUGCUUGUUUCUCGGUUUGGGGGUUUGACCGACUUGCAAGAGUUGUAAGACUCUGCUGGUUUGGCUUCCCUAAAGCCACACUUUUGCUAUUGCCAGACGAUACCUUGAGAGUCGAAGUGCCAAAACCAAACAGUUGGCCGUCAAUUUCUGGUGGGCAUGCAUGGAUUCAUUUGUUACACCCUCUCACUUUCUGGCAAAACCACCCUUUCACAUUUGUUGAUUCAGUUGAGAAAGAAAACACCAUUGUAUUCUUCUGCAAAAUUAAAAAGGGCCUUACUGCCUCUUUCUGCAAGAAAUUGAGAAAGUACCCUGGACAGACGACCACUCUUAGAGUUGCUGUUGACGGUCCAUAUGGUGAGCCUUCACCAGUUGCAAGUCAUUCAACUGCCCUUUAUGUCGCUGGCGGCAGCGGAAUUCCGGGAAUUUACUCAGAGGCAACCGCAAUGGCCAGAAAUUCUGAAAACAGUAACCGGAAAAUCAAGUUAAUGUGGGUGGUAAGAGAAUUGGCAUCGGUUGCUGGGUUUACGAGAGAGCUCCAUGCUUUGAAAGAACUUCAGAUAGAAACUGUGGUAUAUAUCACUAGACAAUUUGAAGUUGGUACAGCAGAAGAGUUCUUUAACAGCUCAGAUCUGAGUCUGGAAAAGGAUAAGAAGAGUGAGACUGAACCUUUAUCAUUUGUCCAAAACACCUUCCCCCAUAUUGAAUUUAGAUCCGGCAGGCCAGAAUUAGAAAAAAGUAUCCUAGAGGAACUUACCUUUUCUCAGAGGAGCCUUGCAAUUGUCACUUGUGGAAACCCAAUUUUGGUUGAUGACUUGAGAUACAUUGUGGUGAAGCAUAUUGAUGGGACAGAGAAGCGUUUGGAUUUCUACGAGCAAUUACAAGUGUUCUUGGGUAAUUACGACCACUCCACUUACUACGGUGCUGGAAGUCUUGGCUACUGGGCCCUCAUUGCCCUUAUUGCAAUGGUCUGUAAUUGGGGUGUCGUGAUAUUCCCUCUGUUGAGAGAUUUGUUCAACGGAACUUUCAGCAAGAUGUUCCGUAAAUAUAUUACUCUUCCAGCUUUGGGCAAGAGAAAGAAGAACGUCCACCAAAGUGCAUUCUAUAUCUUUGAUUUUUUGAUCCCUUCCAGAUUGGAGAGUGCUGUAAUCUUUGGCUUUUUCUGGUUUCUUUUCGUUGUGUGUGCUGUGGAGAUUUACUACGUCAAAGGUGAUCAAAUCUUCCUCACUAAGGAGGAAGGACUCACCAGGUAUAUUUCAGAUAGAACAGGAAUUGUCUGUACAAUUCUCACACCUUUGCUUCUUCUUUUCGGAGGCAGAAACAAUUUCUUGCAAUGGGUUACCAGAUGGAAAUUCUCAACCAUGAUCACUUAUCACAGAUGGAUUGCACGUAUGGUAGUGGCUAUGGCAUUUAUUCAUUCCGUGGGUUACACCUGGAUGUAUGUAACUGAAGGAUACUAUGCAGAAGAGAUGAAAGAAGAAUGGUUAAUCUGGGGAGUUGUUGCAACUACCUGUGGAUGUCUCAUUUGCUUCCAAGCUUUGCUUUUCUUGAGAAGGAGAGCCUAUGAAGUAUUCUUGAUUCUCCACAUCUUGCUUGCUGGUUUUUGGAUCAUUGGUAUGUGGUUCCACGUGUGCGUGAUGGGCUACUCCCAGUUCAUGUACUCCUGUUUUGCUGUCUGGGGCUUUGAUAGAUUUGUAAGAGCUAUCAGAGUCUUGUGGUUUGGCUUCCCUAAAGCAGAGAUCUCUUUAACCCCUGAUGAAACUUUAAAGGUGGAGGUUCCCAAGCCUAAACACUGGCCCACCGUUGCUGGAGGUCAUGCUUGGAUUCAUUUCAUGCAACCACUCACAUUCUGGCAGAACCACCCGUUCACUUUCAUUGAUUCUGUUGAGAAGAAGAACACCAUUGUGUUUUACUGCAAAGUUAAAAAGGGAAUUACUCAAUCUUUGUGCAAGAAGUUGCAAAACUUCCCAGGAAAGUCUACCACCAUGAGAGUCGCCGUCGAAGGUCCUUAUGGUGAGACAUGUCCAGUCUCUAACCAUUCUUCUUCUGUCUACAUUGCUGGAGGUAGUGGUAUUCCGGGUAUUUAUUCCGAGGCAGUAUCCAUGGCAAAGAGGUCUAAGGAUAGUACCAGAAAGACCAAGUUAAUCUGGAUUGUUAGAGAAAUCGCUACAGUCGCUGGAUUCCUGAAAGAGCUCACUGCAUUGAAGCAUCUUAAUAUCGAAACUGUUGUCUACAUCACUCGUGAAGUUCUGGCCGCUGUAGCCGAAGAAUUUUUCCUUAAGACUGAUCUGAGUAGUUUGGAGAAGGACAAGGAAGGAAGCUUGAACGGGUUGUCGACCUUAGAGGAGACAUUCCCUCACAUCGAGUUCCGAUUUGGACGUCCGGAUUUAAAGCUGUUGAUCGUGGAGGAGAUUACAGAGGCUGCUAGUAGCGUGGCAUUUGUCACUUGUGGUCAUCCAUUGUUGGUUGAUGACUUGAGAUAUCACGUUGUUGAACAGAUUGACCAUACGAGUAAGAGGUUGGACUUUUAUGAGCAAUUGCAAGUGUGGGCUUGA